AUGAUGACUUGGUUCAGGGUGUUCCUUGGCGUUGUCUUGCUGUCUGCCUCACCAGGGCCUACUAUUGGGGGCCGCCCCAUGCCCAAGCUGGCUGACCGGAAGCUGUGUGCUGAUGAGGAAUGCAGCCACCCCAUCUCCAUGGCUGUGGCCCUUCAGGACUAUGUGGCCCCUGACUGCCGUUUCCUGACCAUACAUAGGGGCCAAGUUGUGUAUGUCUUCUCCAAGCUGAAGGGCCGUGGCCGGCUCUUCUGGGGAGGCAGUGUUCAGGGAGAUUACUAUGGAGACCUGGCUGCUCGCCUGGGCUUUUUCCCCAGUAGCAUUGUACGGGAGGACCAGAUCCUGAAACCUGGCAAAAUCGAUGUGAAGACUGAUAAAUGGGAUUUCUACUGUCAGUGAGCUCAGCCUAAUGCUGUCCCUGCUGUAUUUUUCUCCCGGCUUUAUACAAAUAUAUCAGCCAAAUGCAAACUGCAAGUCUCUGUGGUCUUUGUGGUGAGGAUCUAUAAAGGAAGUGGGUUCCCGUUCCUGAAACUAGCCAAUCAACCCACAGUCGGCAGUAACGUCAGUGGUUGCUAGGCAGAAUUUCACUGACUAAAAGCCCUUUGCUCUAACCUGGGUUC